AUGAAUAGGAGUAGGCAGGAGCUGGUUACGUGGAUGAGGUCGCUUGGAAUAGAUGUUUGUGGGAUUGAGGAUCUUGGCAAGGGUGCAGCAAUAUGCCAGGUACUAUCGAUUUUGUAUGAAGACUUUCCUCAUGGGUUUAUUACGAAGCCAAGGGAGGAGCAUGAGUAUUUGAGAAAUAUGAAGAUCUGCCAAGAGUUUUUUGGAAUGAAGAGCAUCAAGCUGUAUUUUCCAGUGGACAAGCUUGUCAAGUGCAAGAUGCAAGACAAUCUUGAGGUUGCGCAAUGGCUAUGCAAGCAUUAUCUAAAGGUGAUGGGCCAUGAUGCAAGCAGAAGGGCUGCUGCUGAUGCAGCGCCAAGGGUUGCAAAAGAAAUGGGCCGUAUGGAUCGCUCGUGUGCUGCUGCUACUGUUGAAGAAAAUGAAGAAUUGUGCACCGAUAAUAAAGAAAGCGCUAGAGAGAUGUGCUUGGACAAGGCUGACACAGGCAAUGGAAGUAAGCAUACAUCGGAGUGUGAUGCAUCUGCAAAUAGAAGUCUGCUUGGGAAGCAUGAGGAAUGGAAACCGGAUCUAAAUGCCUGCGAUGAUCAAUGCAAGGGCAAGAGGAUCAGGGAGCUGGAGGAAGAGGUAUUGAGAUUGAAAAUAGAAUUGGACGAUUCAAAGCGUGAUGUAUAUAAAAAAAUCGAGGAUGAUUGCAUUCACAAUAAAGCUGGAGGAUUUGAUGAGGAUGAGAUAAAAGGAUUGCUUAUAACAUUUGAGAAAGAAAGAGACUUCUAUUUCAAGAAGCUAUUUACAAUAGAGAAGUAUUUUCUUGGCAGAAACGAUAUUGAUGAAGGACUGAAGAAUGAUGUUUUUGAGAUUCUUUAUGAGGAAUGA